GGGUGGAGUCUGAGGUCUGCAUAAUAUUAACAUGUUAUUACCAGAGGUGUUUUAGAUAUUGAUCCGGGAUUCGGUGGUAGUUUUACUCACAGGUUUAUACCUGCUUUUCUAAAUCAAUAAAACAAGUAACGGGAAAUUUUGCAAAAAUGCCCAAGAGGAAGUCACCUGAAGGAGCGGAGGCCAAAGACGCCACCAAAGUUACAAAGAAGGAGCCCACUCGGAGGUCAGAGCGUCUUUCCUCAAAACCAGGUCCUCCUAAACCGGAACCAAAAGCCAAAAAAACAGCUGCCAAGAAGCCAUCCAAUGACAAAGCGAUAAAGGAGAAGAAGGGUGGAGCCAAAGGAAAGAAAGAAGAGAAAGAAUCUGCGCCUACUGCAAAUGGAGAGACCAAGCCAGAGGAGAUCUGUGUUUCACGCUCAUCUGUCAGUGUGUCAUCAUGGAGAACUUCCGCCCCCUCCUUCCUGUCCAUCCGAGGGCAGAGUGAGAGUGUUAGAGUAAAGGGAAACCGAGACACCCAAGACUGAGGCGAAAGAGUGAUUGAAGUUGUUUUCUGGAAUAACAAAGAACAUUUUUUAUUCCCAUUAAGUAUUUUGUAAAAAUGCAAACUUUUUUUAGACUUACUGUACUAGAUUUCCGUAGCUAAAAGUAAACUCACACUCCCCGCUGAAGCACCAUACCUAUCUCCUGCUCUUUCAUCUGACAGAAAAAUAGAUACAUUUUUUCAAGGAGAAGCAACAGUUGUUCUUGAAUAUUUCACCAGCAGCUCGCCUGCCAAAUGCAACCACUUGGAACAUGUCACACCCUACAUAUUAAAAGCAACCGGUUCAACUUUUGACAUCAGAGUGCAUAGCCUUAGCUUCAUAUAAGGUGUAAGUCUUUGGUGCAUAUUUUCUUUGAGUCUUGUUAUUUAAUUGGUCAAAUAUCAUAAAGUAGAACAAAGAAUACAGAAAGAAGGGAGAAAAUGGGGAUGAGAGAUUUAAAUAGUAACCCUUUGCUUUUUUAUCUCCUUUGUAGCAUUUUGAGAUUCAAGCGUGUUCUUUUAAAAUUGCUGAAUUAAACAUGACCCUUAACAGUGGCAGAUAUCCAUAGCAAUAAACAAGUGGUGCUUUGUGCUAAAAGGUUAGGAAAACUCUACAAGAACUGAAUCACAGAUAGAUGUACAAGUCCACAGAACUGGUUUGAAAUACUCUGUAAUAUGUUUUCAAAUAAAAGAUGAAUAAACAGUUAAUA